AGUGCCGCUGCCUGCCCCACACACAGACACAGAGACCCGCUGCAAAAGGACGUCAAGGGAAGGCAGCGGAGCUCAGCUCACACAUGAUGCUCCAGCGCAAUGCAGCGAGCCGAGCAGCAGUCAGCCCCGGCCACCUGCUCUCCUCCGCACUGCCACCGCACCAAGAGCUUUUCCAAAGGUACACGAGGAAGUUUGGACAGGAGCCCGAGGCGCCUAUCGGAUAUAAGCCCCCAACUACAGCAGCUGAAGUCUCUGGUAGCCGACGAGGUCAGCAAAGAGGAGGUGAAGUCAUCUCGCUCUGUGGAGGACAUCACAACUACAUCAGUGGAGGAGAAGAUUCUGAAGAUUACCGGCUACUAUGGCUGCACUGGUGAGGAGGCCUCCAACGACCGAGCCCCCCUCUCCAAGCCCGACGAGUUCUCCAUCACCAGCAGCGGCUCCCAGGCCGACGUGUCGCGGGCCACCAGCCGGGGGGGCAGUCGGGGCCAGAGGUUGCGUUGCUGCCUGCGGGUGGUGGUGGUCCACCUGCAGCAGGCCCUGUGGGGAGUGGCCGUGACGCUGUGUGUGUGCUGGUCGUGGUGCGGCUCCAACCAGCUGGCCAAGCAGACCCUGAGGCGCCUCAACGCCCCGCUCACCAUCACCUGGUUCUCCACCUCCUGGAACUGCCUGCUCUUCCCCCUCUACUACCUGGGGCACCUGUGCUGCAGUGCCGAGAGGCAGAGCCCCAGGCAGAGGUUCAGGGAGUGUUGUCGUUUCCUGGGUGAGGAGGGGCUGACCAGGCGGGGCGUGGUGGGUCGCGUGGUGCCUUUCGGCCUGCUCUGGACCCUCACCUGCUACCUGUACCUCCAGGGGCUUCGGCUCAUCUCGCCCACCGAUGCCUCGGCCCUCUUCUGCUGCUCCAGGGCCUUCGUCUUCCUGCUCUCCUGGGUGGUGCUGCGCCAGCGCUUCCUGGGGGUUCGGAUUGUUGCUGCCAUCCUAUCCAUCGCAGGGAUAGUCAUGAUGACCUAUGCCGAUGGCUUCCAUGGCUACUCUGUGUUUGGCAUUUCACUGGUGGUAGCCUCUGCUUCCAUGGCAGCCCUGUAUAAGGUCCUGUUCAGAGUCUUUUUGGGAAGUGCCAAGCUGGGGGAGGCAGCCUUGUACCUGAGCAUCCUGGGCGGUGCCAACCUGGUGUGUGUGGGCGUGGUUCCCCUGCUGCUGCUGCUGACGGGUGCUGAGGAGCUGGGCUCCUUUGGGGAGGUACCCUGGGGUUGCCUCUGUGGAGCUGCCGCCCUGCUCCUGGUCUUCAACUUCCUGAUGAACUUUGGGGUCCUAAUAACACUGCCGACGUUGAUCUCCCUAGGCGUGGUGUUGAGCGUGCCAGUAAAUGCUGUUAUAGAUCGCUGUGCGAGUGAGGUGCAGCUGAACAGCGUCCGUUUGAUCGCCCUGUCUGUGAUUGGCCUGGGGUUCCUGCUGCUACUGCUGCCAGAGGACUGGGACCAGAGUCUGCUGCAGCUCCGCUCCACCCUGCACCACUACCACCAGGCCCAAGAGGGCGCCAGCGAGACAUGCUCAGAGACCACACACGUGCUGAAGAACUGCUCCUCCAAGCAAGCAAGCACCAUGGAACUGACUUCUCAAUGAGUACAGUAUAUGCCUGCAGUGUCCCUAGUCAUGUAAGAUGAAGCCUUGUCUGCAGACCCUGUCCUGAAGACCUUGGGGAUAUUCAAUGGAGCAGGUUUUACUUGCUUUGGUAUGUUUACUCAGAUCAGGAAGUGCAGUGCACUUCCCAAGGACAGUCGUGCGGCAAAAGAAUGAAGCCAGAAGACUCUUUUAGGUGGUUUGUGACAUGCUGAAAUAAUUGUGUCUGGCUGUGUCAAAUCCUUGAAUACCCUCUUUGUUUUUCUCCUACAUAAGUACUUGUACACUGAACAGGACCAAGCAGCUGUGUCAAAUAACAAAGGCAAAUACAUGCCACACUAUAUGACGAAGACACAUAUAUCACUUUAAAGAUGUGUAAAUGUGUAAAUAGCUUCAAGAUAAGUUAGGCUUUUUUAUACACUUGAGUUACAUGGAGGAAAGCAAGUGACCCUUCUACAUUUAUCUGAAUGUUUGACAGUUUCAUUUCGGCUUCUACUGAGGAUCUGUUUAAUAUCUUAUAUGUAACCAAAAAAAAAUCCAAUGUUUAAGCCUUGGCUACAUUCAUGGUAUUUGUGUAAGCAACCUCAGAACUGACUGAUAGCUUGGGCAGCCCCUCUCCUGCACUGCCUGUAGCUUUCAAAGCACAAACAUGCAUAGCCUGAUUAUGUCAGUGUAAUCUAUGGGGUGUUCCUCCUGUCCAGCGUUUUUAACGGAUAAAGGUUAUGUAAUAUAAUGGGUUCAUUCAGAGUUGCAUGGCACAGAUCUAUUAUAUUCCUAUGGAAUGGUGGCUGUGGUUAUAAACCUUUGUAAGGAAUCACAUGUCGGUGUACAGCAUAUUUUGUGUGUGGCUGCUUUACAGUAAUGAAUAAAGGAUAAAUAUGUCGGACUUUGCAUUGGUCAUAAAGCCUGAGGAGCAGCACAUGCUUGCUCGUAAGAUCUUUCAUUCUCUCCUCUCCCCCAGCACUCUCUUGUUGAAUAACUUCAGUGACGACACUCUGAGCAGUGUUCUAAGCUGUCAAUGUCAAAGGAUGCUCUUAUAUGAGAUAUCCAACUGAUAUUGUGGAAAUUGGAAAACAUUUUCAUCUAGGCGAUUGACAGCGUUGCUACAGUAGGACAUGUUCUUUACAAUUGACGCUUAGGCCACCCGUUCAUUGAGAGCAUACAUCAUUAACAUUCAACUUGACUAAGUCAGUCAUCUGGUUAGAAACUGCAGG